GAAGCUUACUCUGUAAGGUUUCCUGUGAGCAAUGAACUAAUAGAAUCAAAGCACGCUGAUCACCACUAUUCCUACCAUGAAAGUAACAGGUGUCUUUGUGGUCCUGACACUUUUUAGCUACUUUGAAGAUGUUGCCAGUCAAGCUAGAUACAAGGCAGGCAUGUGCCUUGAAUUCCAGCCGUACUUACGCAAUGGGAGUUUAUACUGCAGUAGAGACAUCAACCCGAUCAUUGGUCCAGAUGGCAAGAUACACACAAACAAAUGUGUCAUGUGUCGCGAAGUCUUCAAAAAAAGAGGAUUCGCUGUUAAUGAACGCUGGUCUACGAGUACUUCAGAAAAGGAUGAUGGCUGCAAUGAAUACAUGCCUUAUUUCAUGAAUGGGGGAAUUACCUGUACAAGAGAGAAUGACCCAGUUCGUGAUGCUUUUGGCAGACAGUAUAGCAAUAAGUGCAUGAUGUGUGCACAGAAGUUUAAAAAUGGAGGUAACAUGCCAUCGUAUGAAAAAAACAAAAUAGAAAAUGAAAGAAAGGAGAGGGGUGAUGAGUGUUAUGAAUAUCGGUCACAAAUGAGACCUGAUGGAGGUCUCACCUGCACCCGUGAGAAUGACCCAAUACGUGACAUUUCUGGCCGAACACAUAGCAACACAUGCAUGAUGUGUGCAGAGAAAUUCAAAAAGGAAAUUAGAGAAGGCAAAUUUCAUGGUGGAGGAACAAUCCAGAAUGCAAAUGGGAACAGAAUUGUUCAAAGCAACCCAAAUCGAGGAAAUGUAAAUCAGAAUAACUGCAAUCAAGUUGGUGGGUCUCUGAACAGAAAUGAUGUAAAUAAUCCCUGCUCAAAUGAUGACAGGAUUGCACAGGGUGACUACAGAUCUUACACCAACUGUGGAGGGGGAGAAGAAUCAUCACAAUACAAUGCAAAUUGUCAAAGGCAAUUAUUCAGUCAGAAAAAGAAAAAAAAGGCCGUCAUUGAGCACAAGUUGAACUGUGGCCAGAUUUUAGCUGAUCUAAAGGAAAAAGGGAAUGGCUGCAGCUCUGAAUGGUCUCCUGUUUGUGGUACUGAUGGAAAAACAUACAACAAUAAAUGUCUCCUGUGCUCAGAAAUUGAGAGAACUGAAAGUGUCCUUGCACUAAAGCAUGAAGGUGAAUGUCCUGAAGAUGUUCAUGGAGCGGUUGAUUGCAGCAGAUAUCCCCAGACAAGAGGAAUAGUCCUUUGUGAGAAAAGUACUCAGGAGGUCUGUGGCACAGAUGGUGAGACAUACAGCAACGAAUGUAUGCUUUGUGACAGAAUCCUGAAAACAAAAUCUGAGAUUGGUAUAAAGAAUAUUGGACCAUGUCCUGAGGAAUAAAGGACUCCAGAUUGCCAGAAUGUUUGAAGGAUAAAGAGGGACAGAGGACAAGUGAUGGAGAAAUUGGCAUGUGACAUCAAGGAAAUAAAUGAAUCUUCAAGUGCUUCAAAGUCUGCCUUCAUCCUUUUAUGUUUAUGAAGCUGUUAUAUAUAAUAAUACAACUGAUGCAAUUAUGAGCUGCCCCAGUUGGGGCUGGACUUUGAUGGCA